GCGAUGGUGGCGGGAAUCCUGCUGGGAUUUUGCCCGUGUAUCUGUGAGCCCACACGCGUGUGACUGCAGAGACAUGCGUGUGCAUCCGUGCACAAGCACACAGCCAGGCGUGCUCACACCCAUCGGCGUGCCCACCUGCACAGGGGUGCACAGUCGAUUUUGUACAUCCAUACCUGCACACCCCUGUGUUUGCACACCGUGUGCACACUCACACCUUUGCAUGCUGUGCUUGCACACCCACAAGCUUGCACAUGUGCAGUCUCACUCGCUGAGGUUCUGCACACUCCAUGUUUGCACAGCCUUGUAUUUGCACGCCGUGCAUGUGCACCCAUUUGCAUGCAGUGUUUCCACAUUUGCCAUCAGUGGCAUUUGCUGUCUGUUUGCACACCCCCAUGUUUGCACAGCUCCACAUCUGCAUACCCUAUAUGUGCGUCCUUGUUCACUUGCACACACACUGCUCAAAAAUGCAAGCUUCUGUUUGCAAUCUCAUUUGCAGUUUGCACUCUCCCAUGUUCGCACAUCCCCACAUUUGCGCCUCCAUGCGUUUGCACACAGUGUUUGCCCACCAUGAGCUUCCACUUUUGCCACCCAUUUCGCACCAACUCAUUUUGCACACCCCCACGUUCGCACACCCCGAGCGUUUCUCCGCACCCCCCACCAGGCCCCGUGAACUACAUCUCCCAGCAAGCCCCGCGCCGCCCCGCCGUCCAAUCAGCGCGCGGCUUGCUGGCGGGUGCCAACAUGGCGGUGCCCAGGCGCUGAGCGAGCGGAGCCGGCGGAGCGCAGCCAUGAAGGUGGUGAACCUGAAGCAGGCCAUCCUGCAGGCCUGGAAGGAGCGCUGGAGCGACUACCAAUGGGCCAUCAACAUGAAGCGCUUCUUUCCCCGCGGAGCCACCUGGGACAUCCUCAACCUGGCAGAGGCUCUGCUCGAGCAGGCGAUGAUCGGGCCGUCGCCGAACCCACUCAUCUUGUCCUACCUGAAGUACGCUAUCAGCUCCCAGAUGGUGUCUUAUUCCACAGUGCUGAUGGCCAUCAGCAAGUUUGAUGACUUCUCCCGGGAUCUGUGCGUGCAGUCGCUGCUGGAGAUCAUGGACAUGUUUUGCGACCGCCUCAGCUGCCACGGCAGAGCAGAGGAGUGCAUCGGUUUGUGCCGGGCGCUGAUGAGUGCCCUGAACUGGCUCCUGCGCUGCGCGGCCUUCUAUGCUGAGAAGGUGAAGGAGAUGCUGGAGCAGGUGGCAGCAGAGGGCCAGAUGAAGAUGUGCCUGGAGCGGCUGGAGAAAAUGCUGGGCAGCACCAAGAACCGUGCCCUGAUCCACAUUGCCCAGCUGGAGGAGACCUCCUCCUGGAACACCGUGGAGCAAUCCCUCCUCAAGCUAGAGGAAAGUCUGAAUGGCCUCAGCAACUCCACGCUGCGAAGCCAGGCUGAUGAGUGCAUCUCCCUCAUCAAGAGCAUCCCCACCAUGCUAUCAGUUCGCUCUGAGCAGCUGAACAAGACUGGCUUCCCCACUGUGCAUGCUGUGGUGCUGCUGGAGGGGACCAUGAACCUCACAGGAGAGAUCCAGCCUCUGGUGGAGCAGCUGAUGAUGGUGAAGAGGAUGCAGCGCAUCCCCUCCCCGCUCUUCAUGCUGGAGAUCUGGAAGGCAUGUUUUGUGGGCCUCAUCGAGUCCCCAGAGGGCACAGAGGAGCUGAAGUGGACAGCCUUUACCUUCCUGAAGAUCCCUCAGGUCCUGGUUGAACUCAAGAACUAUCCCCAUGGGGACAAGGAUUUCACAGAGGAUGUGAACUGUGCCUUCGAGUUCCUGCUGAAGCUGACCCCUCUGCUUGACAAAGCAGAUCAACGAUGCAACUGCAACUGCAUGAGUCUGCUCCUGCAGGAGUGCAGCAAACAGGGGCUGCUCUCAGAAGCCAACAUGACCAACCUGACUGAUAAACGCAAAGCAGACAGGGAAGAUGCUCCGCAGUUGCAAUCAGCAGAGAAUGCCAACAUCCAGCCAAACCCCAGGCUCAUCCUGAGGGCCGAGCCGACUGUCACCAACAUCCUGAAGACUAUGGAUGCGGAUCACUCCAAAUCCCCCGAGGGCCUGCUGGGGGUCCUGGGUCACAUGCUGUCUGGGAAGAGCUUGGACCUGCUGUUGGCAGCAGCAGCAGCGACUGGCAAGCUCAAAUCCUUUGCUUGGAAGUUCAUCAAGCUGAAUGAAUUCACCAAGCACAUCAGCACAGAAAACUCCAAGUCCGCCCCGGUUCGGGCCCUUCUCUUCGACAUCUCGUUCCUCAUGCUGUGCCAUGUGGCCCAGACUUACGGCUCGGAGGUGAUCCUGUCAGAGUCGAGGCCGGCAGACGAGGUGCCCUUCUUUGAGACCUGGAUGCUGACCUGCAUGCCCGAGGAGGGCAAGAUCCUCAACCCCGACCAUCCCUGCUUCCGCCCUGACUCCACCAAGGUGGAAUCCCUCGUCGCCCUCCUCAACAACUCCUCUGAGAUGAAGCUGGUGCAGAUCAAUUGGCACGAGGUGUGUCUGAGCAUCUCGGCUGCCAUCCUGGAGAUCCUCAAUGCCUGGGAGAACAGCGUGCUCACCUUUGAGUCCAUCCAGAAAAUCACAGACAACAUCAAGGGCAAGGUGUGCAGCAUGGCGGUGUGCGCCGUGGCCUGGCUGGUGGCCCACGUCCGCAUGCUGGGCUUGGAUGAGCGGGAGAAGUCGCUGCAGAUGAUCCGGCAGUUGGCCACCCCGCUGUACGGCGACAACACGCUGCAGUUCUACAACGAGCGCGUGGUGAUCAUGAGUUCCAUCCUGGAGCACAUGUGUGCGGAUGUCCUGCAGCAGACGGCCACGCAGAUCAAGUUCCCAUCCACGGGCAUGGACACCAUCCCCUACUGGAACCUGCUGCCCCCCAAGAAGCCCAUCAAGGAGGUGCUGACGAGCGUGUUCACCAAGGUGCUGGAGAAGGGCUGGGUCGACAGCCGCUCCAUCCACAUCUUCGACACCCUGCUGCACAUGGGAGGGGUCUACUGGUUCUGCAACAACCUGGUCAAGGAGCUGCUGAAGGAGACGCGGAAGGAGCACACGCUGCGAGCCGUGGAGCUGCUCUAUGCCAUCUUCUGCCUGGACAUGCAGCAGCUGACGCUGACCCUGCUGGGCCACAUCCUGCCCAAUCUGCUCACCGAUUCCUCCAAGUGGCACACCCUCAUGGACCCUCCGGGGAAGGCUCUGGCUAAGCUCUCUGUCUGGUGUGCCCUGAGCUCCUACUCCUCCCACAACAAGGGCCAGGCAUCUGCCAGGCAGAAGAAGAGGCACCGAGAGGACAUUGAGGACUACAUCAGCCUGUUCCCACUGGACGACACGCGGCCCUCCAAGCUCAUGCGCCUGCUCAGCUCCAAUGAGGAAGACGCCAACAUCCUCUCCAGCCCCAAUCGCUCCAUGAGCAGCUCCCUGUCUGCCUCCCAGCUGCACGCUGUCAGCAUGAGGGACCCUCUGAACAGAGUGCUGGCAAACCUCUUCCUGCUCAUCUCCUCCAUCCUGGGCUCCAAGACAGCUGGCACUCACACGCAGUUCGUGCAGUGGUUCAUGGAGGAGUGCGUGGACUGCCUGGAGCAGGGCAGCCACGGCAGCAUCCUGCAGUUCAUGCCUUUCACCAUGGUUUCAGAGCUGGUGAAAGUCUCCACCAUGUCCAGUCCCAAAAUCGUCCUGGCCAUCACGGAUCUGGGUCUGCCCCUGGGCCGCCGCGUCGCUGCCAAAGCCAUUGCUGCGCUGUGAGCGUGGCUCUGCCUCUGCUGUGUGGGACAGAGGUGCAGAGUGGCUGCUGGGGGGCUUCCAGGAGUCUGAGUGCCAGACUGGGGCUGGGACCCCUGAAACUCUCUCCAUCACCCUGGUUUGAUGCUGCCCCGUGUGAGGGCAGAGCUGCCAGCAGCUCCCCUCCGUGCCCAGCCCCCGAGGCAGGCUCACACGGGGCUGUCCGAGGCUGAGAUCACCCCACUGCUCGUUGUUUUUCUAAUUCAUUCAUUCCUUUUGUAGAA